GCUGACGUGUAGGUGGGGAAGUGGCUGUCGAGCUGUCUUUAGUCGCGCUAGCUCUGAGCUCUUUCUCUUCGCCAUUCACAGCUCACUAUGAAAUCAUCUGAUUUAGUACUUAGCUAUCUGAUCAAAUAACAACGGAGGAGAAACCGGGCCAAUUGAACAGCUUUUACAGCGGAACGAAAUAGAAAGUGUUGCAGGAAUGAGUCCUAAAGCCACGGAAACUAAAAAGGACGGAAGGGUCAUUCCACCAUACCAACACUGACGCUCUGCUUGGUGCCAGACUGUGGCAGACGCACGGAGAAGCACACUAGAUGAAGAAACUCCUCUACGAAUGAAAGAGCACACUUCAGAGAAUACAUCACUGACCGACUCUUCCUAAUGUGCGCAGUCGGUUAUCUGCUGUUGGUCUCCAGAUAGUCUCCCAAGAGGAUUCCAGGCACACUGAACACCAUCGCUCAUGGCGAGUCAGAUUAAUGUGCUCACCAUGGCAAAUGGAAUUAGAGUUGCAAGUGAAGUGUCCUUGAAAAUAUUGAGGUGUGGUUGAAUGCAGCACUUUUAUGAAGAAGCGUGAGUGACUUGCACAACAACAAUGGGGAAGAGAAAGGUGCCAGAUCUGUACAGAGCUCCCUUUCCCUUAUACUGUAUUAAAGUUGACCCUAAAACAGGGCUAGUCAUCACAGCAGGAGGAGGAGGGGCUUCCAAGACAGGCAUAAAGAAUGCUGUGCACUUCCUGGAUCUACAGCUGGUUGGAGAACACCAGUACAGUGCCAGUCUCCUUCACUGUCAUGAUACUGACACACGCGCCACCAUGAACAUGGCUGUAGGUAAUGGUGUGAUUGCUGCAGGACAGGACGGGACCUGCUGUCUGAUGAGGUUUAAACACUGCACACAGAAAGGAGGAGGCAAAGCUCCUGCUAAAGAUGUAGGGAACAGCGUGCAGCAGGGUAGUGCCAGGCGACGAGCUGGGAAAGGAGACAAAGGUGGACAGGAUGGUGCUGCAGCGUCUGGAGAUAUGUCAGAUAUGAAGGAUGAGACGGCUCACAUUUCUGUGACUGGUUUGGCUGAAGUACAGUCAGACAUGAAUCCUCAGGACCCGCUCCAGAAGGUGGUCAGGUUCAGUCCUGACCUGAGCCUUCUGCUGACAGGAGGCACAGAUGGAUACAUCCGAGUCUGGGAGUUCCCAUCCCUGAAGAAGAAGUUUGACUUCAAAGCACAUGAAGGGGAGAUUGAAGACUUGGAUAUGAGUCCAGGCAACAAGCACCUGGUGACUGUUGGCCGGGACUUUGCCUGCAGUGUAUGGAGUGGCAACCAGUUGGCUAUGGGUCUUAAGUGGCUUGAAACCAUGCCUCAAAUAGCUGAGAAGACUUAUCGAUAUAUGGCUUGCAGGUUUGGAAAGGUAGAAGACCAAAAAGAUGCCCUGAGGCUUUACACAGUCCAGAUCCCCCAUAAACGAGAUAGAAAACCUCCUCCUUGCUACCUCACCAAGUGGGACGGCAAGAGCUUCCUGCCUAUGCUGACGGCUCCCUGUGGCACUGAGGUCAUCUCCAGUCUGGCUGUCAGUGACUCUGGAACAUUUCUUGGCCUUGGAACUGUGACAGGAUCGGUGGCUAUCUACAUCGCUUUCUCCCUCCAGAAGCUGUAUUAUGUACAGGAGUCCCAUGGCAUUGUUGUAACAGACCUAGCCUUCCUGCCUGACUCGCUGAAAGGCAAAAAUAUCAAAGGGAAUAAUGAAACGGCCAUGUUGAGUGUAGCUGUGGACAGCCGCUGUCAAGCCCAUGCUGUCCCUAACCGAAGAUCCUUUCCCAUCUGGCUGGUGCUGUUCUUCUGUGGCCUCAUGGUGGUGGGAGUCGUCCUCCUCCUACAGUACCUCUUUCCAGGAUUUAUUUAAAUCAUGCAAGUGUUGUCACAGGUCAGGGUUGAUGGAGCUUGGACACAUCUUCACAUGACUUACUUUGCCACUGUCAGCAUUAGCAGUGCUCAGUCCAACAUCCAAACCUCCUCCCAGUGCUGCACCACAACUCCCAGCUGAGCCCAUGAAGGCUCUUCCAGCUGCAGCGCUGACUCUGAACAGCUGUUAUGGUGCCCUGACAUUGUCUCCCCUCAGCUCUUACUCAGGGUUGUUCCUCUCAGACCUGUAAACCCAGUUGAAACCAGGACACACUGUGGGAAUUUAUUUGCUUUGAUCUCUAUCAAUUAUUCUUAAUCUUAUUUUGGAUUCAUGUUGGAGAGUUGAAGGGCUCAGGUUCAUGAAUGUUUCAAGGGUUGAAUCUUUUUAUUGACAUAUUUAAAGAACAAUGUAAAAAUAUAUAAAUGAUUGGCACAUAAUGUGUCUGAUUUAGUUUUUUUGUUUACACUUAGACACUUUGAAUUAGCCAUUCUCUUUGAAUAACUGCUUCUAGGGCUUUUGUUUUGACAUUUUAUCCACUAGUGGGCAGCAGAGACCAUACAGUUUACAGUCCUCUGGUAAAUGGCUGCCAGUGGAGAUAAAAUGUUAAGCAUGUUAAAGCAUCUGCUAGUCUCACAUUAGAUCUUUUAAUUCAAACAUACAGCUACAUGUUUUGACUUUGACAGGGUUGCCCAGAUUUAAGUAAAUAUUUCAGCACAAAGUUGCAACAUCUCCUACAAAUGGUGAAUCAUUUGAUAUUAUUACAAGAAAACAGAUAUGGGAAAAUACGAGUGAAGCUGGUAUUAUGCAGGGAGUUUGUGUAAACGUAAUGAAAUUGUUAUUUGUUACUGGAGUGAAAGCUGGAUAUUUCCUUCUUUUAUGAAGACAUUGUCACCUUUUAAUUUUAUUUAAACAUUCUGACUGCAAAUAUUUUGCCCAGCAGAUGUGACUGAAUUGUUUAAAUGAUACCCAUACUAUUGUAACUAACUUGGUGAAAUUAUAGAAGAAAUAAAACAUUAAUAAGAAAGGUAGCUAAAAAAACAACAACCCAGCUUUGGUCUUUUUAUGCUUCAUGAUCCUGACAGUCUCUGGUAUCUAAACUUUACAGCAACUUUUUAAAAAACCCUGCAAUAUCUGAUAAAACUGAUUAAAUUUUAUUUUUUUGGCCAUUUGGAGGCAGUGGAGACAAGUUGUGAACACAAUCCAUUCAUCUGGCAAUAACCAGCUUGGUUGUAUCACUUCUUUCAAAAUGCUAAUUGCCCAAAAUGUCCUAGUAAAUGUUCAGAGUGUAUGUGCUGCAGUUUGUAGGAGAAUCUGGCGGUACAGCCUCUCUCAGGCUAUCUGAGGAAGACUCGAGACUGGGUUCAUGAGCCUCGCCCGGUUUAAUGAGGCAGUGUCGAGCCUCUUCUUCACUUUACCAGCAACUCCAAUUCAAUUCAAAAAGCAAAUUCUCAGUUCUAAUAUUAGCAACAAAUCAUAUCAUUGAAUUACAUAGUAGUGGAACUGAGAGUAUUCAAUUUAGCUUUUAGCUGUUCAACAUCAAUUUCACAAUUUAGCACCAAAUAGUUACUAAAAUGUUCUGCCUAUCCCAAAAUGAGCAUCCUACCUUUAGAUGUGAGGCUGUCGCAGUCAGCGUUCAGUGAAGAGUCCUACACAAGGAACUAUGAUUCGAUUUGUAGAGUGUACAAUCUGUUUAAAGCUUAACAAAUCUUAUAAGCAUUAUCAAAAUCUUCUAUGCAAAAAAGCAAAAGGCCUCUAAUAAUGCUGUAUUAACUGGUAACAACCUCUCUACCUCUCACAAUAGUCAUCCAAGAACAAAGAAAAUCAAAAAAGAAAGAGUUCAGUUCACAAAGACUCAAACAGCAAAAAGAAAAAGAAGAGAAAAAAAGAGAAAAAGGAGUUCUGCUAUUCAACAAUUGUUCGUGGAAACAGAGUUCUUUAUCUAAUUCUCAUCUUUUUGUGUCUAUUUUCCAUUAUUCAAUUAUCGUCCUCAAUGUGUAUCAAAGUUCCAUGGGGAAUGAAGGGGGUGAAGCUCGGCCAUAUUUCCUUUAGCUGGAACUCUCAACAAUAUAUUUUUUUCAAGAAUCUUUUUAUCAGUUUUUUCCAACAAAUAUGCAUGCUUUUUUCCAUCAUUUUUCAAAAGUAUAUCGAAAUCAACAAAAGCGCUUACCACCAAUUUCCCUAACUUUCUUCCUAAGGUUCUCUCUCUUUUCAUACAUAAAAAAAAAAAAAAAAAAAAAAAAAAAAAAAAAAAAAAGAUUU